AUUUCUUUCUUGGAGGGCGCAUGUGUCAAACAAAUAUUUGAGAUUGCGCGCCUUAACCAAGAUACUUCAUGUAACAAUCCUAAAACUCAUUUGGCGCGACAUAAUUAAAUUCGACGUUUGAAACGAGAGUCGCGCUAAACAUGCUCAAGUGUCGCUCAAAACAGAGUUAGGUUCGGCACAUGAGAAGUGCGACGUUUGAACCAGACCUUAGAAUAAUUUACUAUUAUUUAUUACAUUUACAGCCACUAAAUUGGAUAACUCGAACUUUUUCGCCAAUGAUUAUUUCCAAAUUAAUACAUUAACAAAUGCUAAAUGAUAAAGAGUUGAGCGAUUGUAACUUAAUUUGUUCGCUGUUUGCGUGCAUAUUUAAUAUUUUGGUGUCAUUUAAACAUUAAAACUAACCAUCCUUUUCAUCUGGUGUCAUGGCAUCGAAUGUCGUAGACGGAUCAUGGUGGUGCAUCUUACCGAGGGGCAAUCCAUGAAAAUCUUUUACACCUUCGGUGGAAAUCUGUUUGUUUUAUCUUAAAAUCUCUGGAAAUCCUCUUGUUUUCGUGAAAAUUUCGUGUGGUUAUUUUUAAGAGUGAAUUGCUCCUCGCAUCCUCCUAUAUUUUUCUAUCUCUGUGCAAUCUAGCCACGUUGUUUUUAAUCUCUAACGCCCAAGUUCUUCCUUCAUCACGAUAAAUAAAAUUAAAAGGAGAAACCCUUUCCCACAGGCCCAUUUAGCUCUGUUAAAAAAUAAUGUCAUUAAAAAGGCCGGCGUCAGUUGCGCAGAUAAGCUAUGUGAUCCAAAUUUAAAAGUUAUAAAUAUAGAUUUUCAUGCUCGGUCACACUCUGUUGCUCGGCGGUAUCAGCAGCAACAACAACAGCGACAACAAUGACAACAACGACAGCAAACUCGAAUUUCAAAAAGCAGCAACGAGGAUAGUUUGAUAGUUUAGUCAUGGUUCUCCUUUGUCUUUUACUGGCUUUAAUCAUUGGAUUCUCCGAGCCAAGGUCCUUUACGAUUGAUUACCAGAACAACUGCUUUCUUAAAGAUGGCCAGCCAUUCCGGUAUAUAUCUGGUGGCAUGCAUUAUUUCCGGGUUCCGGAGUUCUACUGGGAAGAUAGAUUAAAGAAAAUAAAGGCUGCUGGACUGAAUGCAAUACAAACUUAUGUGGCAUGGAAUGUUCACGAGCCCACACAGGGGAAGUAUGUAUUUGAAGGAAUGUAUGAUGUAGAGAGCUUCAUCAAGUUAGCUAAGGAACAAGGAUUACUGGUCAUUGUAAGGGCAGGUCCUUACAUCUGUGCCGAAUGGGAGUUUGGAGGAUUUCCGGCCUGGUUGUUGAAAAACAAAUCAAUCAUACUACGUUCUUCUAAAGAUGAAAAUUAUUUGGGUGCAGUUGAUUCGUGGCUUAGUGUACUGCUGCCAAAAUUAAAGCCACUUUUGUAUGAAAACGGAGGACCGAUAAUAUCAGUUCAGGUUGAAAAUGAGUAUGGGAGCUAUUUUACUUGUGACAGCUCUUAUAUGGAGCAUCUCAAGAAUUCUUUCAGAAAGUAUCUUGGCAACAAUGUAAUUUUGUUUACAACCGAUGGAUAUAGCGACAAAAUGCUCCAAUGUGGUGGCAUACCAGAACUUUAUCGGACAGUCGAUUUCGGAGCUGGCGAUCCAACUGAACCAUUUAAGCAACAGCGCAAAUUCCAACAAAAGGGUCCACUGGUUAAUUCUGAAUAUUACACAGGAUGGCUAGAUCACUGGGGCUCACCGCAUCAACGGAGAAAUGCCACGACAAUAGCAAGCUAUUUAGAUCGUAUUCUGGCAAUGAAUGCCUCAGUGAAUAUGUACAUGUUCGAAGGUGGUACAAACUUUGGCUUUAUGAAUGGCGCCAAUUCUGCCAAUAAGCAUCUUUUGCCUGUUCCAACAAGCUAUGAUUAUGAUGCUCCUCUUGACGAAUCGGGCAAUUACACAGCAAAAUACUUUGAGAUUCGCAAAGUCGUUUGCAAAUACACAAAAGCUCCUCCGGGUCCUCUUCCGACGCCAAUUCCAAAGCUUUCUUUCGGGAAAAUAAAGAUCGAUAAACUGAUGUCACUGUAUUCCAUGUUGGCAGCUCUUUAUCCUGGUGGUCCUUUAAGCACCAGUCAAUAUCCAAAGACGAUGGAGGAGAUAGGGCAGAACUAUGGCUUUCUGAUGUAUCGUACAUUCCUAACGGCGGUUGACGGAAGAAAAUUGACAAUAAAUGGCCUGCGUGACAGAGCAGUUGUUUUAAUUGAUGAGAAAGUGCAAGGUAGACUCGAUCGUAACAACAACACCAACAGUAUUAUAGUGGAUAGAGGUUCUGUUUUGGAUAUUUUGGUUGAGAAUCAAGGUAGAAUCAAUUAUGGACCUUUGAAUGACCCCAAGGGUAUUGUUGGCAAUGUCACUCUUGAUGGUAAAACGUUGCAAAACUGGGGCAUGUUUCCAAUUACAUUUGACGAAAAGCAGCUCACAAUUUUAAGCAACUUAGAUGGAUAUUACGAUGAUGAAACCGACCCCCCAUUGCUGGCUAGAGCAACAUUUCAAGCUUCAAGUAAUACUGCAGACACGUUUCUUGGUGUCGAUAAUUGGUCAAAGGGACAGGCUUGGCUGAAUGGACACAACCUUGGACGAUAUUGGCCAGCAGUGGGCCCACAGAAGACGUUGUUUAUCCCUUCCAAAUACCUGGAGUCACUCCCCAAUAACAAUACUUUAAUACUUUUUGAAAUUGAUGAGAGUCCUUGCAAAAGUCUAGCUUCUUGCUUUGUGGAUUUAACUGAUAAGCAAAACAUUGGCUAGGAAAUGCAGCUGGACAAAUUCAAAUCGAGCCACUUGGGUUGGUGCAAAAUUUCAUUUUGAUAUGUAAUUUAAUCAAUCUUAUUUCUGUUGAGUUUUUUGUACUUUCGCGAUUUACUGUGUACUUUCGCGAUACCAGUUGUUAUAUUUUUCGUUAAUUUUAAUAUCGAAAGAUUACAGAAUUACAGCCAUUGUUUGCAUAUAUAAAUAAAAAAGGGCAGUGUGUUCUAAUCUUGAAUAAUUGCCAUUUCCCAAAAUAUCGACAUUUGUUUUUCAGGAAUAUUUUUUGUUAUUGAUAUGUUUCAAUAGUCAAUUCAAGAUAAAAGAACUUUUAUUAGUUGGUUAUAACUGCUUGACCUCUAAAACCUUCAGCUUUCAUUGUCGUAUUUUUCAGAAUAUUUGAAAAUCUUUUGUUCAAGAAUUCUUUUGUUAGAAAAUUUCAUUCGUGCUGGUAGUCGAGGAUGAAUUCCUCUUGCGCGAUUUCUAAACAUGUCGAAAUCCUAUAAAAGGUUUUCUUUCAUUGUCAUUAGUAUUCCUGCAUUCGGCUUCUUCAUAGACGAUUCGCCUUUCCAACUACCCUUGCUUUCAGUGCUUCUUAAGGAAAUGAAAAAUUAUAGUGGCAAUGUUUCUUCCCUCUUUAUCAUUUGUUAGAGGAUUAGUGGCUUUGCUUGUAAUGCUUCUGAUAUUUGAAGUAAGAGAUUCGCGGACACCUCAUGCAGUCAGUCAACCAUAGGCAAGUUUUGAUCCCAUAUCAAGGCUCGUGAGUCUAGCUAGACUUAGUGGGGACCGCAAACUGGCCUGAAGUCAUUACGCUGUCAUUGGAAAAAGCUUUAUGUGGUGCUGUAGAAAGAAGAGACUAAAGGCCGAUUUCCACUAGGCGAAUUCUUUCGCGCGAAUCGAAUAAAUUUUCGUAGCGAUAGAGUAGGACCGUGAUCUACUCUCUGCGAAUCGAAUUUUUUCGCUGCGAAAUCUGAGAACAUGACACCACGCAUGCUCACAUUGGCAAAAAUUUGAUUCGCGCGAAAGAAAUCGCCUAGUGGAAAUCAGCCUUAAUGCAUGGGCUUCGAACAGCGAAAAGUAGUGUUGCAAUUGAUGUUAAUACCGCAUUACCCUGCCCUGCAAGUAGAUUUGCAACACCCUUAUUUAUAGUCAAUGAAAAACUACUUAAGGACAAUUACACUUUUAAAACACUUCUUAUGAUUCUAUUCCAUGCACAUUAAUACAAACUAAAUGUUGCCUUUGUUUUUAUUUUACGCCUUAACUUAAACUAACUUAAAACGUGACUAAUUAAGUAAUUUAUUCGAUUUGUUUUGUCGCAAAAUUUAAAAA